AUGUCUCGCCGCCGCCGUCACAAGAUUUUUGAUGAUAUCGACCCAGCGCACUCGGAUGCGCCCAUAAUCGCCUGUUGUUUUGUCUCUGGUCUUUGCGACAGUGUCGCCUUCAACGCAAGCAAUGUUUUCGUGAGCAUGCAGACGGGAAACACCAUUUUCUUGGCCCUCGGCACAGCCCACCUUCCAUACGGCGCCUCCACCCUCUGGCUCAAGGCGCUGGUCUCCAUCGCCGCCUUCUGGGCCGGCUGCUUCUGCUUCGGCCAGACCCGCCGCAUCGGCAACAAGCGCAAGUCCACCCUGGCGCUGUCCUUCCUGGUCCAGUCCCUGCUCAUCCUCAUCUCCGCCGCCGUGGCGCAGGCGGGCUCCGUCCCGGCCUUUGCCAUCGGCUCCCUCGGCUCCGACGCCAGCGAGAUCCUGCUCAAGAGCUACGAGACCAACGCCAUGUCGCUGAUCCCGCUGUCGCUCAUGGCGUUUCAGUUCGGCGGCCAGAUCGUCACCAGCCGCGUCCUGGGCUUCAACGAGGUCCCCACCAACGUGCUCACCUCGCUGUACUGCGACCUGCUCUCGGAUCCCCUGCUGUUCGCGCCCGCGGGCGCCAAUGUCAAGAGGAACCGCCGCCUGACGGCUAUUGUCCUGAUGAUUGCCGGCGCCAUUCUCGGCGCCUGGCUGCAGAGGUCCAGGGCCGGUAUGCCUGCUGCGCUGUGGAUUGCUGGUGCCGUCAAGAUGGUUAUUGCUGUCGCUUGGGCUGCCUGGAAGCCGAAGCAGAAGCUCAGUGGUGAGAAGGCAGCAGGGCGGGUGUAG